UGUUGCUAAGGAAAACCAGCUGCAAUGCACACAAUACAAUCUGCGGAUAAUUCAUGGAUUUGUUUUGUGUUGACUUCGACCAGAAGUUGUUGAGAAAUCUUCUCUGAAAAUCAAUAUUUCACGGUUUCCUCUUAAUAUUCCAUGUAUGGAAGAUGGAUUACGACGAGCACAAUUCAGACGGGCUCUCCAAAGAUUCCUUUGCCAUUUUUGUAGCUGAGGGAGAUGUACUGUUCAAGCAAGGCGAAUAUAGAAAAGCUUUGGAAAGUUACACCACAGCUCUGGAAAUAGAACCAUCAGACAAAAAUUGUCUUGUUGCUCGUUCGAAAUGUCACCUACAGCUAGGAGAUUCCAAGGCAGCAUUACGGGACGCUAAUGCCUCGCUCAGCGAAGAUGACAAGUACAUUAAAGGAUUACUCCACAAGGCAGAGGCCCUGUACCAGAUGGGUGACUUUGAAUCAGCAUUGAUGUACUAUCACCGUGGCAACAAAUUGAGACCAGAGUUGCAAGAUUUCCGACUUGGCAUCCAGAAAGCACAAGAAGCCAUUGAGAACUCGGUGGGAAGUCCGUCGGUUGUUAAACUAGAAACCAUCGGAGAUCUGUCACACUUCCACAAACAGGAUGAGAGUAAGACGAAGAAAGCUCCUAGGAUGGGCUACAGCAAACCGGCAUCUAAACAACAAGAUAACAAGAAGAAGAGGCGGCAACCCAAAGCAGAGAAGUCAGAGAAAGAGAAAGAGACAACUAAACAGCUACUUGGAGAACUUUACGCCGAUAAAGUGUUUCUGGACAAACUCCUCAAGGAUGAAGAUUUAACGAGGAUGGACACAGAGAGUGGCAACCACAUCUACGAGCUUGUCAACCAAGGCAUCGACUACCUAGACACACGCACAGAGUUCUGGCGCCAACAGAAACCCAUGUACGCCCGGAAACGAGAAAAGGAAGUGGCCAAGGGCCAGCAAGAUAAGAAUAAGUCUAAGCCGUCUGAUCCUGCCAAAUACGUCUUGAAGAAUCUUGAAGAGAUUGAUGCAGGCUUAGCUGAGGGUCGGCCAAAGGAAGCCUUGAAACAAGCUCAGAAGGUCUUGAAGAGUGUGGAGAAGUGGAGAGAUGAAGAUGUUUGUGAUAAGCAGGAGUUCUUAUCCAAUUUACAUAGCUCUAUUGGUAAUGCUAACCUUGAUCUGGGUAAGAUGGGAGAGGCACUUGAACAUCAUCGCAUUGAUCUUCAGAUCUCCAAAGAGAAUGACUUUGAGGAUGGAAAGUCCAGAGCUCUUGACAAUCUCGGUCGUGUCUACGCCCGCGUGGGGAAGUUUGACCUUGCCAUCGAGAACUGGAAAGAGAAACUCCCGUUGGUGAAGUCCCCACUGGAGGCCACUUGGCUGUAUCAUGAAAUCGGCCGUUGUCAUCUGGAGUUGGGUAACUACACUGAGUCUCAUGACUUUGGUGAGAAGAGCUUACAGGCUGCUCAGGAGGCGGGGGAUGAUGUGUGGCAACUUAACGCCAGCGUCUUGAUUGCACAGGCAGAGGUGAAACUCGGCGAUCUUCAAGAUGCUAUAGAGUCCUUUGAGCGAGCACAUGAGAUGGCAACGGUCCAAGGAGAUGAACCAGCACAAAAGGCAAUCUCAAAAGCCUUGGAGGAACUCAAUCAGAAGAUUGUUCAAGGAAUCCGUGAUGGAGACAAUAAACAAGAAGAAGAACAAGAGACAGUGAAAGAGAUAGAGGAACCGAAGGAGAAAGAAAAGCCAGCAGAGGAAUUUGAGCAAGUAAAAGAGCGUAAGCAGCAGGUUGCGGAGGCGGAUGUGGAGGCAGAGGCGGAGAAAGAGUAUGAGGAACAGUUUGAAGAUGAAGAUGAGGAAGAAGAUAAGAAGAGUAUUGGGAGACAAAGUACCCAAGAAGUUGCACAAGAAACACAGGCUGAGCAGGUGGUGGAGCAGCAACAACCUGAAGCGCAACAGGAGGCAGUUGUAGAUGAAACAGGGGAGGAAGUCCAGUCUAUAGCCUCUGCGGUGCAGGAGGAAAUUCCACCAGAGGAAAAGGAAGGUACUGCCGCUGAUACAGAUAAACAGGAAGGCACUGCCGCUGAGACUGACGGACAAGAAGGCAAUACUAGUAAAUUAGAGCAGGAUGAUAAGCCAGUUGAAGAUGUUGGAGAUAAACCGUUGGGUUCCGAGGGUUUAACAAAACGUGAAGAUGAGAAGGGAUCGACUGAUGAUAAUAAGGGCACAAAGGAAGAGCAGACUGGUGGAGAGAAACAACAGAUCACCCAAGAUGAGGAUGCCACAAAGAAAGAGCGACCAGGUUCAGCAGCAUCAUCAGUAUCAUCCAAGUCAUCAAAAUCAUCGAAAUCAUCGAAAUCAUCGAAAUCAUCUAAAUCAUCAUCCAAAUCAUCCAAGUCAGAUAAGGACUAAAUUUGAAAAAGGAUAAUUUGGUCAAUGGUCUGUUUUGACUUUGAUUAGAAAGAUUUGGCCCAAAUUUUGGUCUUAGUCUUAUUCAUACCGAUAGUGUUGUUGGACACUCUUUAAACAAUUGAUUAACUCGUUUUACAAUGCAGGGUUGAUAAAGACACUUUGAUAAUUUCAUUUUGGGUCAGAUUGAGGUAUAAAUUUGUAUGAACUCUAAACUUUGAAAUAGCACAAAAGGCUUACAUCAAUUGUAUACUGUUUACUCCUUCAAUAAAUUCAAUCUUCCAGACAAAGAAACAAAAGGAAACCGCUUUUUGUAAUUGUUGUACUGAUAUUCCUCUGGGAAUAUCAUUUAGCUUCUAUGGAGAAAGCCAGAGUUUAAAGAAUUUUUUUAUUUGAAACUUGUUUCGUUAACAGUGUAGAGCAAGUUCGAGUGUGCGCAUUAGUCAACUACUGACCAGCAAUGUACAUGCGCACUGACGAACUCUCGCGAAUGACUCGUUUGGAAGUAUAGACAACCAUCCAUGUGACGUACUGACUCGAACGACUCGUUUGGAAGUCGAGACAACCAUCCAUACAGUAUUCAACACUUCCAUUGCCUUCUGCUAUAGUGUCACAGGUUCCCCUCUGCGCUUUACACACGUUUGCAUGGAAUAGGCUAUCGGGACCAUGGAAGAAACAAUGGUCAUGAGGCUGGUUCCAAAUGAUAGACCACAGUAGUCAACCAAUGGUCGACCAGCCUGGGUUCGAGUGAAACUGGACAACCUUUAGUUGACCAUAUGGUGCACACUUGAACUUGCUCAUAGAUUUGUCUUAGGUCACCAUCGCACUCUCGGUCUCUCCAUGGGACGGCCUCCCCCUCGGACUUAAAGGUGUCGAUCUCCUUAGACUUUGUGGUCUUUACUACAAUGACUCAAUGUUGGUAAUUUUUAGUCGGUUAAAUACUCGCCAUGUUGUUGCAUAGUUCAAUAAGUAAAACCAGACACAAGUUAACUUCACAUAAAAUCAAGUCUUCUCUUCAAUUUAGUUAUUCAUUUCAACUGGCUAAACUCCUUAAUAUUCCGUCCAAUGUCCAUAAUUUUGCCUUUACAGUUCGUCAAAAAAUGUACAGUAAAUUUACAUUGUCUUCUUGUCAGAGUGCCUUUUCUCUAUUUUGAUAUCGGUUUGUAGGUUGUUUCUGUUUAUUGUAAUUAAACUAUUUGUAUGAUGGUAAAGGAACUGAUUCACAGUUACGUGUUUUAUGAGCUGUUAAAGAUUGAUCACUAUUUCAAGAUUGUAUGAUAUUCAAAAACAACGGUGAUACUUGCUAUUUCAUUUACAAAAUGAUUGCACUUCCAGUUUAUGUAAUACUCACUUGUUUAAUUUUUGUUAAACUUGUAAAAGUUACCAAAGUCCUGCAGCACCAUACAUAUUAACUUAUUUUGGAAGGAUUUAUAAAAAUUAGUUAGUGUAUUAUCUAUAAUUUAAUCACUACUUGGCACAGGUUCCAAUUUCAAAAAAGACCUGUUAAAAAUAAAGUGGAUUUAACUAA